GUUGGAAAAGUAUAAAUAGUACAAUAUUACAGAAACAUCAAUUAUUUCAGACAUCACUAUCACAAUUGCACACACUCACUGGAAAAUCUUCUACCACCACAACAUCGGCCAUUAGCCCCACUGCUACCACCAUUACAUCACGUGAGGUUUCGAAACAAAGUGAAGUUGAUCAUUAUCAAAUUUGUAAAAUUGUUCCUUUACAUUAAAAACUAUCACUUGAAUAUUUUUAGAGAAUAAAUUCGAUCAAAAAUUUCGAUUUCUGUCACCUCAGUCACUUUUUCAAAACUGAACCGUUGUUAUGAGUGCUAGUAUUGGCUAAACUGACAACUCCUUCCAAUGUUUUGAUUUGAUUCAUAACCUAAAAAUUAUCUACCUAACCUCAAAUUCCAAACUGUAGUUAAGAUUUACAAUACAUUAUUCAGUACUCAAGUUGAUGUUUGUAAAUGAAUUCAAUAUUAAAACAGCAAAAUUUAUUUUCUGGGUGUGCUUUAAGUUAUACUUUUAGUGUCUUCAGUAAAUAUUUUGUGUCAAAUGCCCUGGAUGUGAUUGCAUUGAGAUGGCUGAACAUUCAGAAAUGAAUCCAGAAGUAUUUGAUGAGAAAUUGAACUCAAAACUGAUCAAAGUUGACGAUCGAAUAAAAUGGAAAGAGACAAUGUUCCUAGCGUCAGUGACGGGCGUCUCGGCGUUUGUGGCGUUCGGGUCGACGCUGGCAAUGGCCAAACGAAAAGACCCCAAAAUGUUUUCGAAGGGUCUGUUCGCCUCCAGUGAGCUGCCAGAGAGUGGAGCGGCGUUGGCGAUGCGGGCCCUCAAAUACGGCACCAUUUAUGCGGUCACUGGAUGCGGCCUGCUCUUCUAUGGAGUUUGGAAACUGUCGGGAGCUGAGAAUCUACACGACUUCAGAAUGAGGAUGGGUGCUGCUUUACCACGAAUCACGAAAGAAGGGGCUCAAGGAAGGACUGAAUUUGAAAAUUUCACAGACUUUAUGAAUUAUGUGACAAAGAAAUCGGAUGACAAAGAUAAAUAAUAGAUAGCGAUUGUAAAUAUCACUCAUUAUAAUUCAGUACAUUGAGAAUAAUAUGAAAAUAGUUUUCUUAUCAUUAUCAGGUUUCGUCUAACAGAGACUAAUUUGUAUUUGCAGUUUCUGAAGUUGUUUUAUAUUGUAGAAUAAUAUUGUGCUGUUAAUUGUGAUUAUGUGUUUCUGUUGUUGGUUUGUUGUUAUCAUUAGAUUGAAUAAAUCUAUUGUCUAUCGUUGAA